AUGGUGAAGCAGAGAACCAUGGUGAAGCUCAGAACCAUGGUGAAGCUGAUAAUCAUGGUGAAGCUGACAAACAUGGGGAAGAGGAUAACACUGGUGGAAAUGAGACAAUUGUUGAAGGAGCUUAGGAGGGAGAGCAUUUACCAGCCUCCUCCUGGGCGUCAGCCCGCUCCUGCUGCUCAGCCGGCACCCGCUCCGCCCGCACCUACGAUGGUAGGCGCUGCUAUGGCUAUGCACCAGCCACCUCCCACCGAGACCUCGCCCUUUGGAUCUCUCUCGGCGCCUCUGCCGGAGUUUAACCAUAGCAAGACGCAGGUGCAGCCUUGGCUUGGCCCGGUGAGUAACACCAUGACCCUUGCGAAUGUGCGUCCCGAGACUCGCGUUACUGCAGCUACUCGUGUAUUGGACGAGGUGGCCCGCAGGGCAGUGUAUGGCGCUAAGAAGCAGAAGAAGGGACCGUUUGAAUGGCCGGAGUUCUGCAACGUGCUGAAAGAGGCAUUCAUGGUCAAAAAGUCCGACCUGGAAAUGUGCGGACGCCUUGAGAGAAUCAAGUGUCGUUACCGCUCGGUGCAGGAAUAUCCGGUCCAGUUUGAGGCCGCAGCACGCUUGCUCCAGAAGCCCUUGUCUGAGGAGGAGAUGAUGCACAUCUCCAUGAAGGGCCUCCCUGUCAACCUGCAGCAGGCACGACCGGUGGCAUGA